AUGCAUGUGCUGAAAUUUACACUUAUAAUCUGCGCGCUCGCUGGAUGCUGGCAGCCGCUUUCAUGGACAUCGUUGUUUAAGAAUAUAAUUUAUAAAGCUUACGCAACGUUCCUGAUCUCCUCAUUAUACGCAUUUCUGAUGUCCCAAUUCGUGGACAUUGUAUUAAACGUUGGUAACUCUGAUGAAUUUGUCGAUGCCUUAUAUAUGAUGUUGACCGUGCUUGUAGCGGGAUAUAAACAAGCUUAUAUGUGGAUAGAUCGCAAGAAUAUCAUGGUAAUAAUAAAUGUUCUUACCGAGAAACCUUUUGCACCAUAUGAAACACACGAAGUAAUAAUUCAAGAGAAAUUUGAAAAAUUGACAACGAACAACACACGGCGGUAUUUAAUCAUUGUUUCAAUGUCGAUCUUAUCGAUAAUUUCGACAUCUGUCUCUACAGAUUUAAGGAAAAGAAAUCUGACGUAUAAGGCUUGGUUGCCUUUUGACUAUUCAUCCCCUACUAUAUACUUUUUUGUAUACAUUCAUCAAAUGAUAGCCAUGUCAACCUCGGGUAUAGUUAAUGUCGCUUGUGAAAGUUUAAUUUGUGGAUUUUUGCUACAUAUUUGUGGCCAGUUUGAAAUUUUGGAAUAUCGAUUGAGAAAACUUUCGCACGAUCAAAACAUUUUAGGCGACUGUGUCCAUCAUCACAAUCUUCUUUUCGAAUAUGCAUACACGAUAAACAAUACAUUUGCGAAAAUAAUUGCCAUCCAGUUUGCGGUGAGCAUGUUGGUAGUAUGCUCAAAUAUGUACCGAAUAGCUAUGGCAACAGACUAUAUGAGCUUCAUUCCAUUGAUAAUGUAUACAAGUGCUAUAUUAAUGCAAAUUUUCAUAUAUUGCUGGUUUGGAAACGAAGUCAAGUUAAAAAGUCUUCAAUUCGUGAAUAACAUUUAUAAUAUGGAGUGGAUCACACUUAGUAAUAACAACAAAAAAGCUCUUUUAUUAAUUAUGAAGCGUGCGAUGAUUCCCAUCCAGUUUAGUAGUGCUUAUAUAAUCACGAUGAAUGUCGACUCGUUUGUAGCUUUACUUAAGAUGUCAUACUCGAUUUUCAAUUUACUGCAUCAAACGCAAGAAUAGUAACGUGUAUAAUAACGGAAGUUAUUAUUGUUCACAUUUAAUUUAUUAUGACAUCACAUUCGACGGAUGUUAUGUGAAAAAGUGCAGAAAUAAAUAUAUUAAUCUCUCUCUCUCUCUCUUUCUCUCUCAUUUUAAUAUGACUAAAUAAUUUUCAAGAAAUCUAUAAAACUUUUUAUAAGUUUUUUAUUACCAACAUUUUUAAAAAUUGCAGUUCGUAUAAGAACAAGUUCUAAUAAUACGUAAGAACGUCAAAGCGAAAAUAUGAGCCAUUAAGCACAAACGUUCCUAUUAUAAAGUUUACCAAACAAAACAAUAUUAUUUUCACAUUCGAAAUUUUCUAUUUUAUUUCUUUGAUAUUUUUCUAUCGCGUAACAAACAUGCUUCGUGCUAAAAUUAUUAAUUUCUUAUUUGAAUAUUUUGGACAGCUAUUAUAUUUUAACGUCGGACAUAGCAAUAAUUAUUCUAGUAGAGAAAAGCGCAAACAUACACAUAUAAAUAAAUAUUUGAUAAGAAAAUUUUGAAUUGCAUUAUAUACGAUUUGUCAGUGUGACGCUUUUUGAAAUACAUCUAUGUUAAGAGUUAGAAGUUUUCCUUACCCUGUUUAUGUCCGAUGAGAAACAAGAUAAGAAUUGAUGCUGUAACCAAAGGAAUAUUUAUAAUAUCUUAUUAUAUUCCGAUGUACAUACGCCGAUACGUAUAAUAUGAUCAUAAAAAUAUUGUACUAUUCAAGCGAAUAUACGAGCUAGUAUUAAGUUUUCAUAAACUACAACUGAUGAUCCAUUACUUAACAUUAAAAGAAUAUAUAUUCGACGAAAUUAUGAACAGUACAAUAGGAAUAGAUAAUAAAUAUAACAUCUUGAUGUACAUAUAUAAUGAGUAAGCUGUAUCAAAAUAUUCCUUAUAUUAUAGGCUAAUGGUCUAUUUCAAGAAAUUUAUUUUGCCAUAUAACUUUUCUGUCCCAUUGUCUUCAUGACAAUAACGGUACAUUAUGCAAUUUUUUAAUAAGACAGGUAUCGAGAAGAUAGAGAAGAAAUAAUGAUAGACAUAAUGGGAUAUGACGAGUAACAUUAUUAUCAGAAAGUCACAUCGCGCGGCUAUAGACAUUUUCAGUAUCUUUUUCUCUUACGAUAUUAAUUUAUCCAUCGACAUUUAAGACGUGAUAAAGGGUUUAAAUAAAUGUUUUAUAAAAAUUAUUAAAUUAAAUUAAUUUUAAUUUAAUAAAUUUAACUUUUUAAAUUUUUUUAGGAAAAAACUGAAUAUAAACGCAAAUAAUUUAUAGUGCAAGUGGGUUAGAAAAGUUUUUUGUAUGUAUAAGCCUAAUGUAUACUUAUAUAUAAUAUAUAUUUAAAAGUUAAAGAGAUAACAUUAAAUAACUAAUUUUUUGGAUAGAUGUCUGUCCGUGUAUUCCAUAUAAUGUGAAUAAUCUUUUCAAAAAUA